GAGGAGGAAGAAGAGGAGGAGGAGGACACUGAUCACAGGAACUGCGGUUGUCAUGACAGCCGCGCAGAUGAUGGCGUUGGGUUGUUCCCCAUGAAUGAUUUGGACCUUGAUCAAAUAGAGAACCACUGAGACUGAGAGUGAUGGAGCUGACCAGUGGCGCGAGUCUGCUCGGACUCCUCCCACAGGCAUCUGUGCUGUGUACAUACCACAAGUUUUCUCAAUGAAUUUCUGAAGGAGAAUGAUUAACAUUUUAACAUUUGUUUUGUGCACACACAUUUUUACAUUUUACUGCACAGUUUUUUGUUGAAUUUUUAAUCAUAUCGUCGCUGUGGGAAGAAAAAUUAGUUACUCCAUUUUGACCCUGCUUUACAGGCUGAGCAUAUAAUGUUCCUUCUACAGCGGCGAUGUGUAGUAAAGGAAAGUUAUUCAAGCAUCCCAUAUUUUUGUUCAGUGCACAAGGAAGGGUAGAACUGAAUUUUUACCUGAGGGAUAAUUUUUAGGAGCAUUUCUAUGUUUUGUCAGUACUAACUUUUCACUGCAGCACUCAAUAUUGUUUCUUAAAAAAUGGUCUAACACAGAAAUAACUAAAGUAUUUAAAUCCAGUCUAUCAAAUUUUGCAGCCCUCUUAUGUCAGUGUACCAAGUGUUGAGACAACGUCCAUGAAUUAAAUUGUGUUCUAUUUCUAGAGAUUUGUAUCUUUGUAAUAAACAGUACCAGUGGUACUGGUGAUGUUGCCAGAACUGCAGAUUGAUGGCAGGCAAGGCAGCAACUGUUGCUGGCAGACAGUUUCUUACAGGACAGAUGAGGACAUCAUGAUAUUUCCUGUAUCAGGCAGCUUUUUAAAUCUUGGAACUUUAAGUACAUUGUGCAAUUUCCCUAACUUUGUAACGAACACAAGACAGGUAGGUCCUAGAAUUUGGGUGUGCCCGGCUCCUGCAAAUUGUUGGGUAGAAUGGUAGAUGUGUGGUUCUACCAGUCUGUUCGUGCACAGUGUGCAUGUUGCAUUUGCCUGUUAACUGAAUCAAAGACUAAUGCCUAUCUUGAUAAAUGAUUCAAAAUUAAUUUUAUGAAUAUGUUCAGGUAAAGUUAUUUAUGGUUCUGUAAAUUAUAGGGGCAGCUUGAGGUAUGUAUUGAAAAUAAUUUUAUUUGACUGAAAAAGAACUUUGGUUUUUGGAGCAUUUCAAUAAUGAAUUUUAGUUCAUAUCGUUGUUCUAGGUAGUGCAAGCACUAUGUGGCUGUCAUAAAGAGUCUUGGCAUUUUCAUUUUCUGGUUGAGUUCAAUUUUUUGGUGUGACUUACUUCACACAUUUUAUAGGUUCCUUAAAAGAACUGAUUUUUGUUUCUCUAAAUGGUUGUGUUGCAGUCUAGAUUGAUAAGUUCCUUCUGUGGUACUAUCAGCAGAAAGAGGAGUUUUCUAUUUUUCUUGUGAUGCCUUGUAGAGAAGUCAUUUCAGCUAACUGAAACAUUGUUUUGUCUGUGUUUAAAAAAAGGUAUUUUUACUAAGUGGAAUUCAUCGCUGCGGGUGAGAGAGAAAGUUGGGACUAAUUUGCAGAUUUAUUCACUAUCAUUGACUCUGUCUAAGAAUUACAUUGUACCAACGAUAUUCUUAGUAAUAUAGAUUUAGUCUUUUUAUAUAACUUGUUCCAGUUGUAUGGAUUGGUAUCCAAUAUUACUAGACAGUGGUGUUCCAAUUGUAUUGUUGAUAUAUGAGCAAAGUAUGAUUUAGAGUGCACAUCGAAGUAUUCAUUUAGUACUAUUAGAGUUGCAGGUCAACAGUGUUUGUGGACAGAUGUCUGUAGAAGUGGAUAUGCAUGAACAUCAAUUGUACAUACGAAUGAUAGCUCUGUACUCUGUAUGUAAAUGCAUGUGUGUGUGUGUGUGUAUGUGUGUGUGUGUGUUUCUUGUAUGUGUUUGGUGGAAUGAAGUAGGUCCAGUUUAUCUCAUGUACAUAAAAAAGUUUGUGACUGGUGCGAAUAGCUCUUGAAAGGCAAAGAGAAGACUUGACCUUUGCAGCAAUAAAUGACUAUCAACAAAACGUUCAAAUUGUUUUGGAUGUGAGGCCCUUGUGUCUCUGGUUUCAAUGAUAUGAGUUGUGCUCUCCACCUGCCCUCUGCACUCCUGGAGCAGGCAGUGAAGAAAUCAAAUGUGAUGCUGCUUGUUGUACAGGCAGUGGCUUAUCUUUCUUAUGUCAAUGAUUUGAAAUAACAUCCUUGUGACUGCCAGCUACACAUGUAGGCCUACACGCUGCUUCACAUGUUUGGAGUAAAGACUUGAACAAAGUGGAGAUCUCCUCUUAGAUGAAAAAAUUCUCUUGCAUGAAAGAUCUUGUACAGCAAAAGAUCUUGUCAGUUUGUUAGUGUUUGAGCGCUAAUCGGCUGCUUGCACUGUAUACUUUUUUGGAAAGCCGAGAAUGAUUCUGAGUGUUAUUGGGUCUGCUGAGGUAGUAAUAGUUGUAAAACACAUAGAGUAUGCUGUAGAGCAAUAUAUGCGCUAUAUAUAGGUGCAUUUAAUUAUUAUCUCGUUCUCCAGAAGUAUAACAUGAGGGUUCAUCUCAAAGUAAGGCCUCUGAGUCAGUCUAGUGAUGCUCUUGUGUUUCUUUUCACUGUACAACGUCUAGUGGCUUUGUUGGUGCAGUUCAAGCUAUUGAUAUUAAUAAUAUAUUCCUUUCGCUUUGAAAACACAACCAAGGACCAUUAUGUUAUACAUGCUUGUUGCUAAUGUUUGUUGCUGAUUCCCACAGACAGAUAAAUGGCGUUUGCUUCAGUUCAACUUAAAGGGGUUACUUCUGGUGCCUGUAGUGGUGAGACAAUUGACAAAGCUCUCACUCUAUCAGUGAGUUUACAAGAGGACUGGACCGUAUCCUUUUACUCUCUGACACACAAAUGUUUCCAAGGACAGGAAUUAAACUUCACUCAGUGUAAAAAAAGUUGUUUCACACAUUCUGUUGUCGUAUUUCCUGUUGCAAGGUAGAAAACAUCCAUUUCACACGCAUUCAUUUAACAAAGUCUGUUCGUCUUUUUCUUUGUUAUGUCAUUGAAAAAAUUACUUAUCAUUUUGACAUUAUAAAAGUCACAUUUUUGUUGUGUAUCCCCUAAGCUCAUUUAAGAAUUCAAAAUCCUUCAGGCGUUUAAAAAUAUAGUUUUCCUGCUUUUAAAAAAUGUCUAAUUUCCUUAGCUUUUCUUUUUCUUUGUUUCUUUGGGUUUUUUAUGUGUCGUGGCUUUUCCUUACUGGGCACAAAUGUGUUACUUUUUGGAAGAGAUACCCUCUACUACUUAUUUGGGUGUGUCUAGGUUUUGAAAAUUCCAUUUUAAUAUCUGUUGUAAUAAUGCUGCGUCAUAAGUUGAAUUUUUGCUCACAUGUGAAACAAGGUUGUUUUAUGAAAGUGAGUAGCAUCUGCGAAUUGUCUUUAUGGUACUCAGUGAUGUGUUGUGAGAUACUGUUUGUUGGAGAGUCCUUGUGAAUGCCAGUAUUGGAGAAUGUCAUAGUAGUAACAACAAAUGCUGUGUCACACAUCUACGGAGCAUUCACUGCACUCCAAAUUUCAGUACUUCAUCCAUGGGCAUUAAUGCUUUCUGUAUGAAGGUUAAGAAUAUCAAAAGUAAAUUCAUUGACAUCACCCCAAAUUUGCAAGGAUGGUAUUUGGCAGAUGCCUUUUUUGUGGGAAAUUAUACGGGUAUAUCAGAAGCGCUUUGUAAAGUGCAGGUGCCUGAAUGAUUGCCAGGUUACUACACAGCCAUGGGCAUGCUUUUGUUUUUUUGUUUGCCAACUUUUCAAAUAUCUUCACCUCCAGAAACACCAUGUCUUCCAGGGUGAAAUCAGUGUGAUAAAGAUGGGCAAACAAGACUGUACUUUUCUUUUCGUAUCAUGUGCCAUUCAUCCUCUUAUGCACUAGACAUAGUCACUUUGUUGUCUUUCAAGUCCCACACUGCAGGUCUCUUAAAAGUUUUGUAAGAAACUAUAUAUAUAUCCAGUAAAGGGACAGAAAAUUGGAAUAAAUUUGAUUUAUAUAGAAAAGAGAUGUUGCUUCCACUCUUAAGAGACCGAACAAAAAUUGACUUGCAAAAGCAAACAAUGGACGUAUUUUUGAAUAUCCCGAUUACAAACAAUUGAGGAUGUUUUUCUAAAAUCCAGAAAUCACACGGCUAGUGCUUUUCAACCCACUGCCAUGAAGUAACAAGUUGAGAUCAUUUUCGGUUUCAGCUUGUCCCUGUCACACCCUUUCCUGACCUUUACUUUUAUCUUUACAGUUUUUUUGAGUAGAGCAAAUGAACCUGCUUUUUGUUAGCUUGAAGGACGUGAUAGUUGAUGAAGGGUUGUAAGCACAGCAGUAUUUCACCUAGCACUGAUGAGUUGAGACAAAACUUAAGGACUUGCCAGCUGGUUAAAUUUGUUUUCUCCCAAGAUCUGUGCUGAAAAAGGAUUAGAUAGUGCAUGCUUAUACUAUUUGGGUUUAUUUUCACGAUUCAAGCAGAGAAACCUUUUUUCUUAGUUUUAUUAUCAUUCAGUUUUUAUUUUGGAAGUGCAGAAACCUUGAGCUGUCAUCUAUCCCAUUAAGAAUUACGUCUUUUUUGCAAAUAGUGUGCGUUUGAACACCAUUUGAAUAUCAGUGUCACCAAUGGCAUGUUAUACAAGUGACUGCACUGUGCAGAAUUAAAUGUGUCUUUAGCCAUUUCGUAAAACAUGAUUCAUUUAUGGAGGUCAGUUUGGCUUGGUGUCAAAUGAAAUGAUUUUGCACUCCAGUACUUUGAUUAGCAAAUGGGCUGCAAGCUCUGUAAUGUAUAAAUCUGGUCCACUUUGUAAACAACUCUGUUGUUUUCAUUACACACUUUGAACAAUAUUCUGCCUUUUGGGUGUGACAAUGGUUGAGUCAUCAAACUGGAAACUGUACAGAUCGCUCGCAUUAUCAAUUUGAGUCACUGGCCACAAUGGUGCCCAGGAAUGGUCCGCUCAACAGUUGUAGGACAACAGCCUUCUUUUCAGGUCCUCCAGUCACUGGUACAGUGCCCUACCUCUCUUUGCUCUCAUGAUUUUGUCCGAUAUGUUUUGUGUUGCUGUGACUUUUAAAGUUUUAUUUUGAGCAUAAUUUGCUGAGGACUUCUCACCCUUAUUUUGGCAGGCCCUGCCUUUUCUCUUUGUCUCAGGCAUGACAGGACCACAACAUAAGUCUGUACAAAGUUUUUAUAUGACUUGGUCCUUGACAUAGUUUAUCCAAGUUGUCUGACUCAAUUCAUUUUUCAACUUGUGUUUUGAACUCAAAGACUGCAGAAUAAGAAGUCUGUCAUUUACUUUUCAGUAUAGGUCUACUUAACAAAUUUUGUUUCUCCUGGAUCAUGCUCUUUGACAUGAAUAUACAGAGAGAACAACACUCGUAUACGAACAUUUAUUUUGCUCCUUUCUAGAAGUCAAGUACUUUUACCCAUUGAGGGGAGUUUACAUAAAACGUGCUAAAACCAAGAUUUUAUCUUUAGUUAAUUGAGUUUGUCAGUGCUAACAGUAGCUUGAAUAUAUACAUCAUAUGCAUUGCUCUUCCAUCCAUACAGUUGACCACUGCCAAAGAUUUGUCCAGAAAAACUCAUUGUCUUCUGUGCACAAGGAUGCUUAUGCGCAAGUGAAAAUACAAAUUUAAAAUCCAUUUCUGUUUUGCUGGGAAAGACACAUAGUGAAAUAUGGAGUCUCAACUUUAGAGCGCAAUGUUUUCCAUGCUUAGGAUGGAGCACAAAUAAAAAAGUACUUACCAUUUGCAACAGCUGGGCAAUGAAUUCUUGUAGCAUGUGUAUUGCGGUGCCACAAAGACACGACAGGGCUUGGCAGUGUGAAAUUAUUGUAUAUGUUAUUUUUUGCUCCAGGAGUGAAGUCAUCGAGUUCAUGUGCUUUGUUUUGUCAAGUCUGAUCACAAAAUGGUUCGGAAGCUACAUAACAAAUUUCCCUUGCACAAAAAAUACAUUUUGAGACUUGUAUGCUGUAGAACUGUUUUCCAUAGCUUGGAAAGAAAUAUGUGAAAUCUAUAACUGAUGUAAUUUUGUGUAAUGUUCUGUUUGCCUGUCUUUAUGUUGACAAUUAAAUUACAUCAUUAUCCACCAAA